CCUGCCAGAGCUGAGGGGCCAGGGCACCCCGCUGCUCCGUCGGCUCCUCUUCCCGGGCUGGCACCCUGGAUCCCAGGCCGCAGCUGGCCGUGGGCUUCCUACCCCUCUUACUUCCCCUGCCCAGUUAAACUGAUCGAUGUCAAGCCCCAGAAGUCUGCAUCUCGCCGUUGCACCUGACUGCCCCCUGCUGCAUCCAUUGGGACUGGCCUUUGGGGUCCCACGUGAGGGCCAUGGCCCAGCCCCGGGCACCCGCCCCAUCUGGGACCCAGGGGCCAGGCCCUGUGUUUCCCUCCUCCGGCCUCCCCAGGGCUCCCUGCACCGGCCUGGGGAAUUCCUGCCGGUAGCCUGACUGGUUGUCCAGGAAGCUGCUCUCUGGGCUUCCCAGGGUGACCCAGUAUCUCCCUAACCCUGAGCAGUGCGCCUGUCACGGCCACCUCCCUCCCUGCAAGCAUGGGAACAGGCAUGACUGGUGGGGCCUCUGCCUCCCUCAGACCAGCCACAGGCCAAAGGGGCCUCAAGGAGGGGCCUCCCUCCCAACACCUGGUCCACUGCAGAGGCUGGCCCUGGCUAUGGGCCUCACCUGCUUCUGUGCCUUCACCUCGUCAAGCCCCCCCGUGGGUGCUGCAGACAAGGAGACCGCUGGCGGAGGCCCAGGUUCACUGCUGCCCGGCUGCACCCACAGCUUCACCUGCCAAGGGACUCAUGCGGGCCCGCAGCGGGCAGGCCGCCAGCCUCUCAGUUGCCUGCCUGUGCCCCUGGCAGGAGGCUGGGCCUGUGGGGACCCACUGCCGAGGGCUGACACGUCUCGCUCCGGAAUGAGAUCCUCAGGACAAUGCUGCCCACUUUCUGGCCAGGGAGGGCCUUCUUGUCCGGGUUCUGAGGGGCUGGCCUUCCCUCCCCCUCCCACGGGGCUGGGGGUGCCGCAGAGGCAGCCUUGUACACCCACCUUUCCCGUUGCUCAUCCUUCGUCAUUUGGUGGGGCAGGAUUGGCUCAGCUGGAGCCCACAUGGCUUGCCAGGUGAGGCCUCGCCUCUUCCUCCUUCCUGGCAGCCUCAGCUAAAGGCCUCUUCGAUAUUAUGGGUCAUUGUGCCCGUGAAACAGAUACCAUCUCCCCUUCCUGUUGGCAGGCGAGCCUGUGAGAGCCUGUGGGAGCCAGGCAGCGUGGAAAGUGUUCGAGGUCACUGGGGUGACACCUAGGUCCCAUCCCGAGGGUGCCUUUCCCUUUCUUGGCUAAGCAGGGCACAUGCAUACACCUCUUGUCCACUCCCGAGCUCUCUUUAGCCUCAUGAGGGCCAGCCUGGUCCCUGUGACACGGGUGGAGCUCUGCCCUGGAGAAAGGGACUUGCCACCUUGUUGGGAGUCGCCCCAGUCAGCUGCUAAGUCCUGGCCCCGGUCAGACUUGGAGGCCAGGCCGGGUGGCUCGUGCUUCCUCCUUGAGCCUGUGAGGACAUGUUCCUCCAGCCCAUGGCCCGGCUUGUGGGGAGGCUGCGUGUGGCCCAGGAACCUGCUUUCCAAUUUGUAAACACAGGGCGUGUGUCUAGCAGCCUGUGAGUGAGCGAGGGGGCGGUGAGCCUGCUGCACAGGUCCUGCGGCCUUAGGCCUCCUCGUUGCCCAACAGGCGGCUGGGGGCGGGCCAUGGCCACUGAUUAAAGGCCGCCUGGAGCAGCCUGUGUGGAGACAGGUGCCCAGCAGCCCAGGAAGCCGGCCAACACCCGCCCCAGGUUUUGUGCCUCUUACCCUGGCAGCUUUAGGCUUUGCUGUCCCCGUGAGCACACCGCCAUGUCCGAGGCGCCCCGGGCAGAGACGUUCGUCUUCCUGGAUCUGGAAGCCACCGGGCUCCCCAGUGUCAAUCCUGAAGUGGCUGAGAUAUCCCUGUUUGCAGUGCACCGCUCCUCCCUGGAGAACCCAGACCGAGAUGAGGCUGGUGCCCCUGUGCUGCCCCGGGUCCUGGACAAGCUCACGCUGUGCAUGAGCCCGGAGCGCCCUUUCACGGCCAAGGCCAGUGAGAUCACUGGCCUGAGCAGUGCCAGCCUGGCGCGGUGCCGGAAGGCUGGCUUCGAUGCCGCCGUGGUGCGGACGCUGCAGGCCUUCCUGAGCCGCCAGGAGGGCCCCGUCUGCCUCGUGGCCCACAACGGCUUUGAUUACGACUUCCCGCUGCUGUGCACGGAGCUGCGGCGCCUGGGCGCCCGCCUGCCCGCGGACACCGUCUGCCUGGACACGCUGCCCGCGCUGCGGAGCCUGGACCGCGCCCACAGCCAUGGCACCAGGGCCCAGGGCUGCAAGGGUUACAGCCUGGGCAGCCUCUUCCGCCGCUACUUCCAGGCGGAGCCCAGCGCAGCCCACUCGGCCGAGGGCGAUGUCCACACGCUGCUCCUGGUCUUCCUGCACCGGGCUGCCGAGCUGCUUGGCUGGGCCGACGAGCAGGCCCGAAGCUGGGCCCACAUCGAGCCCAUGUAUGUGCCACCCGAUGGCCCAAGCCUUGAAGCCUGAGUGCCAGGGGCUUGGCGAGGCCACCUCCCAGCGGGGAUGAGGCCCACUCCCAGCAUCGUGGGUGGCACCGGCUCUGACUGUUCCGUUGGGCUUUGGGGCCUGGAGCUAGCCCCGGACCAGUGCCCUGCUGUUUCUCCCUGUCCUCUUAGCCUGCUAGCCCUGGGUGUGUGCAGGGCCUGCUCCUGGCCCUGGCCUGUGUAGCCCUGUGGCCCGAGAGCUUUCUCCCGGCCCCCCGGCCUGUGCUCUAGUGGUUUGCUGCUGCAGGCUCCCGCCCUUCACCUGGUCUCAAUAAACAUCAACAACCACUCACCA